AUGGUGGUAGACAAAAGCAACCAAGCUUCUCCUUUAUGUUGUGUUCUUCCAAUGUACGACUCAAAACAUUCAAGUUAUGUCACUGAAGAAGAUUCAAACGACCUGAACCAUACACCAAAACACAAAAGAACCAAUGCUACGCUCAUGAAUUCAGCUUCAGCUCACGAUCUGAGAUGUCUACAGGUAGAAAAAGAGAAGCAAGAUCCUGAAUCACCUAGAGGGGCUCUAGAAGCAUGCUUAAACCGAUGCUCCAUCUCUUCCUCAGAAGAUCCUCCUCAAAAUAGAGAAGCUAUAGAAAACGCAGACGCAGACGUGCGUUGCAAGAAUCAUAGAGCUUCUUCGAAUUGGGGCAAGUUCUUCAAGAUUUGGAAACGCAGGUCCAUGAAACGUUUAUCUUCCUUCCCUCCUUUAAGCUGCGCCCCAGUCUUGAUCUCCAAACGCAAUAAAAACGCAGAUCCAAACGUCGAUGAUCUGAACCUUCAUGAUAUCUAUGACUUCCAAUCAUCUCUACACAGCUUCUCAAUCACUGACCUAGAAAUAGCAACUGACAAUUUCAACCCUGAAAACAUAAUCGGGAGAGGCGGUUACGCAGAGGUUUACCAAGGCAUUCUACCAGAAGGGAAGCUAAUAGCUGUGAAACGUCUCACCAAAGGCACACCAGACGAGCAAACAGCUGAGUUUUUGUCCGAACUAGGGAUUAUAGCUCAUGUUGAUCAUCCAAACACAGCCAAGUUCAUCGGUUGUUGCACUGAGGGUGGAAUGUUUCUUGUUUUCAGACUAUCUCCUCUUGGAAGCCUAGGCACUCUCCUCCAUGGACCUUCGAAAAAUAAGCUGACUUGGAGCAGACGUUACAAGGUGGCAUUAGGAACAGCAGAUGGACUAAUGUAUCUACAUGAGAGUUGUCAAAGAAGAAUCAUUCACCGAGACAUCAAAGCCGACAACAUUCUCCUAACCGAGGAUUUUCAACCGCAGAUUUGCGAUUUCGGUUUAGCCAAAUGGCUACCAAAACAGUUGACGCAUCACAACGUAUCCAAAUUCGAAGGAACAUUCGGGUACUUUGCGCCUGAAUAUUUCAUGCAUGGCAUUGUUGAUGAGAAGACUGAUGUUUUCUCCUUUGGAGUUCUUCUCUUGGAGCUCAUAACCGGCCAUCCUGCUCUUGACGAGUCUCAGCAGAGCCUUGUCUUAUGGGCCAAACCGUUACUAGAGAGGAAAGAGAUAAAGCAAUUGGUGGAUCCGUCGCUUGGAGAUGAGUAUGAUCGUGAUGAGCUUAACCGGUUAACUUCCACUGCUUCUUUAUGCAUCGAGCAGUCUUCUCUUCUAAGACCCCGCAUGAGCCAGGUUGUGGAAUUAUUAUUAGGUCGAGAAAGUUUCGUUGCGACUCCAAAAGAAGCCAAGAGAAAGAUGAUGCAACGAACAUACUCUGAAGAAAUAUUAGAUAGCAUAGAGUAUAACUCAACUAAGCACUUGAGAGAUCUUGAUCACAUUCGAGAGGUUGCUUUAGCUUCUUGA